CUCUAUAAGCAAUUAGCAAAUAAUGAACAAUUGCCUGAUAAUUUAAUUAAGAUUCAUGAUCUUGGCGAUAUUAUAUCACAAGAAUUUGAAAUUGUUAAAAAUUCUACCAGUAAUGAAGAUCAAUCAGAAGAUAAAGAAAACUGA